GUUUUCUUUCCCCUUGUUUCUUAUGAAAAUGGGAUUUAUUGAAACCAUCGAUACAUUUGUUCAUGGCGGUAUACAGAAACCAGCUUCUUAUGAACGCAAGAAAAACUAUCAUUUUGGCACUGAAUUAGGAAGUGGAUCGUAUGGUUAUGUCAAAAAAGCAGUUCGAAUCAAAGAUCAAACACCAGUGGCUAUCAAGAUUAUACCUAAAGCCAGAGUCAAAGGUCAAUUUGAUAUGGUCUAUUCUGAAAUGAACCUUUUAGAAGGACUAGAUCAUCCUAAUGUGAUUCAUCUCUAUGACUGGUUUGAGUCUCGUGAAAAGUUUUAUUUAGUGUUUGAACUAGCGACGGGUGGUGAAUUAUUUGAGCGGCUAUUUGAUCGAGGCAGAUUUACAGAAAAAGAUGCUAUUACAGUGAUUCGUUCUGUAUUGAAAGGAUUGGCUUAUCUUCAUCAACACAACAUUGUGCACCGAGAUAUGAAACCAGAGAAUUUGUUAUUCAAGACACCCGAUUCUACUUCAGAUUUAGUUAUUUGUGAUUUUGGGAUUGCCAAAAUUAUGGGCAAAGAUAAUUUAGGACUCAAGACAGUAUGUGGUUCACCAGGCUAUGUAGCACCUGAAGUUCUCUUGAACAAAGAGUACAGUUAUCCUGUGGAUAUUUGGGGAGUUGGUGUGGUUACAUUUACUAUUUUAUGUGGUUAUCAGCCAUUUCAAUCUGAAGAUCAUGUUCAACUUGUAGACGAUAUUGUUCAUUGUCGUUAUGAAUUUCAUGAAAGAUAUUGGCGAAAUAUUUCACCUGAUGCACGCUCAUUCAUACGAAAAUGUCUUUUAUUGGACCCCAAAGAAAGACAUACAGCAACAGAAGCCUUAAAUCAUGUUUGGAUGACAGGUCAACAAGCAACAGAUAUUGAUUUAUUAGACACUGUACGCGAUAAUUUCAAUGCGCGUCGUAAAUUCAGAAGUGCAGUCAGUGCAGUCAAAGCAAUAAAUCGUAUGAGAGCAGGCUCUGUAUCUACUAAACAAGAGACUAUUAUGCCAAAAAAUUAGGGUAAACUUCCUUAAUGUCCCGCAUCCACGGAAAUCUUUAGUAAAAGGCGAAAGAUUUAUCCGAUCUGAGCAC